AGAUAAGUAAGGCGAGGCUCAGAGAGGCUAAUUGCUGUGUCCUAAGUCACACAGCUAGGAGGUGAUAGAAGCACAUUCAAACCCAGGCAGUCUGAGGCCAAAGCCUGUUCUGGCAACUGCUCCAGCGUCCAGUGCUGUUGGAAGGAAGCGGAGACGAAGUGCCCCUAACCGGCAAGGGUGCUGGCCCUGGGGAGGCGCGGCCGUGCCGUGGUGACAGGCUGGAGGAGGUGGAGGCCCGAGAUGAUACUAGGAUGAGUAGGAGCUAAUGAUAUGCAGCUCCAGGGCCAGCAGGAUGGGGUCAGCCUGCAUCAAAGUCACCAAAUAUUUCCUCUUUCUCUUCAACUUGCUCUUCUUUAUCCUGGGUGGAGUGAUCCUGGGCUUCGGAGUGUGGAUCCUGGCCGACAGGAGCAGUUUCAUCUACGUCCUGCAGACUUCCUCCCACUCGCUCAGUGUGGGGGCCUAUGUCCUCAUUGGCGUGGGGGCCGUCACCAUGCUCAUGGGCUUCUUGGGCUGCGUCGGUGCCGUGAACGAGGUCCGCUGCCUGCUGGGGCUGUACUUUGUCUUCCUCCUCCUGAUCUUCAUCGCCCAGGUGGCUGCUGGUGUCCUCUUCUAUUUCAACAUGGACAAGGUGAAGCAGGAGAUGGGCAGCAUCGUCAGCAAGCUCAUCCGGGACUACAAGGAUGGUCAGGAGGACAGCCUGCAGCAGGGCUGGGACUACGUGCAGGCGCAGGGCAACUGCUGUGGCUGGGUCAGCUUCUACAACUGGACAGAAAACGCUGAGCUCAUGAAUCGGACCACCACCACCUACCCCUGCUCCUGCGAGGACAGGGGGCAGGUGCGCAGCCCCCUCGUGAAGAAGGGCUUCUGCGAGGACACCGGCAGCAACAAGACCCAGAGUGGCAACAGCCCUGAGGACUGGCCCGUGUAUCAGACGGGCUGCAUGGAGAAGGUGCAGGCGUGGCUGCAGGACAACCUGGGCGUCAUCCUGGGCGUGUGUGGGGGCGUCGCCGUCAUCGAGCUCCUGGGGAUGCUCCUGUCCAUCUGCUUGUGCCGGCAGGUCCAUUCCGAGGACUACAGCAAGGUCCCCAAGUACUGAGGCAGCUGCUGUCCCCACCCUCAGGGCUGCUGGGGGUCUCCCUGGCUGCCUCCUCCAGGCCCCUCCCACCUCACGGCCGAGGCCCCUCGUCUGUGCUGUGCGGCUGGACGUGAGGGGCUGUCCGGGGCCUGGACCGCUCUCCCUGCCUUUCUGCCUGCGGCCUCGAGCCCGGCUGUUCCGACUCCUCUGCUCACCGCCCACCAGGGUUCUCUGAGCAGUCAGAGAGCACACCUGCAGCGUCUGCACAGGUGGACUGGGUUUCCACCGGCCUCUGGGCUGUAUAUACUGUAUGGGGGAAAGUGUAUUAAAAGUUGGGGGGUGCAGACAAGGCACUCGGGCUGUCAGGGGACUGCCCACUGCGUGGGUCAGCAUUUCUUCCACUAUGAUGCUGUCUUUGGCUUUCACCUUUUCAUUAAAGGCUGUGGGGAAGGGUGGGCUUUGCUUGAUGUUGGGGCGGCGCCCCUUCCCCAGGCCCGACCCGGCCCCACUCAGGCAGCUCAGCUCUGCCUGGGCCAGGUCGGAGGAGCAAGGCCUGGGUGACUAGGCCGGAGGGUCUGGCCUGACCCUGGGCUGCUUAGGGAGCGGGGGGGGGAG